AUGAUGCGCCCUCACGGUCUGUGUCUGUCGGUCGGGAUCUUCUGGUGCGUUUCUCGGGCAGUCUCGGAAUACUCCUCGUCCAAGGCUGACCUGGAGUAUGAAUUCGGCGACUACCGUGGGAAGUGGUGUAUUGAUGAUCAUGGUUUCGUCUACGGCAUCGGAGAAGUGUACUAUCCAAGCCCAACUGCCUGUCCGUGCACCUGCACCGAGGAUGGACCUAUCUGUGUCAGACCAAAAUGCCCGCGUAUCCACCCGCGCUGCACGCGAAUUAAGUACAAGAACUGCUGCCCCGUGUGCGAAGCUGUCAGCAAGGUCUGCAUGUAUGGAGGGAAAACUUACAGACCUCUGGAGGAGUUUAAGCUAUCUCCGUGUGAGAAAUGCCGUUGUGAGGCGAACAGGGAGGUGUACUGCACCGUGUCCGGAUGUCCUGCUCUGCACUGUGUGGACCCCACAUUCGAGCCCAACCACUGCUGUCCUGUCUGCAAGAAUGGACCCAACUGCUUUGUGGGGAACCGUGUGAUCCCGGCCGGGGAGCGCGUCGGCGUGGACGAGCGCACGGUGUGCUUCUGCACCUACCGGGACGGCACCUGGCAGACCCACCCCCACGCCACCUGCGAGACCAAGCAGCAGUCCGACAACGAGCUGGGCGGCACCGAGGCCUCCACCACCCAAAUGGAGGAGAGCGAGACGGAGAGGGAGAGAGAGAGAGAGCGGGACCGAGACCAAGAGAUGGAGCAGGACUGGGGGCCGGAGGGUAACGGGGAGCGGGAGAAGAAGACCCCCUUCUCACCAAGGCUGGACUGGAUACCCUGAGGGGACAUGAGGGCCUUUUGAGAGAGAGAGAGAGUGUGUGUGUGUGUGUGUGUGUGUGUGUUCAUGUGUGUGUUUGUUUGUUUGUUUCUUUGUGUGUAUGUGUGUGUGUUCGUGUGUGUGUGUUUGUUUGUUUCUGUCUUUCUUUCUUUCUUUGUGUGUGUGUUCGUGUGUGUGUUUGUUUUUUUCCUUUCUUUGUGUGCGUGUGUGUGUGUGCGUGCGUGCGUGCGUGCGUGCGUGCGUGCGUGCGUGCGUGCGUGCGUGCAUGCGCGCGUGUGUGUGUGCAUGUUCCCUGACUCUGGAAGUCUGGUCAGAUGAAAGGGGUCCAAGGUAACCGACUUGCCCAGGGCGAACCCCUACUGAGUGGGCAUGGUUGCCAGCACUGACCUCUGCCAUGCUCCACGCCCCCGCCCCCUUUCCGGACCUGCAUAUGUUGCUAAAACACAUUAGACACACCAAACAAACAGCUUGUUUCCAUCUGUGCCAUAGACACGUUUUAGUGUUGGAUAUCCAAC